CAAAGUCAUUCAAUGAAUGGCCGCAUGUGUGUAUGGUUGUUGGUUUGUCGUCUCGCGAGAGUCUCACCCCAGCCAUCGAUGGAUGUCUCGUGCACCAAAAAAUGUACACACACCAAACAAUCUCCACCAACAACACCUACAGGGGAAGAAGUGCCACACACAGCUACAGGAUGCAUGAGGCCAGCUUUCACGAAAAGAGCACACCACACACAGACACACAUACAUAUCCACUCGGGAGGCGCGCGCACACAUGCAGUCGAGUCACGUGUCCAUGUCCACCCUUCCCCCUCCCUACACUGUCUGCCUGUCUGCAGCAUCUUGGCGCAAAUCACGAUGACACGCUGGCCCGCCGCCCACACACGCACGAGGCCACUUGACCAAACAGCCCACACAGACACAUACAGAUCUACGUGCAUACGAGAAACAAUCCAUCCAUCUAUCCAUCAGUGGCUCUCUAUGUAUGGUACACGGAGGUUCGUGCUCCUCGCCUGACGUUAAGCAAACAUCCCUUCCACUUGUGGAUGUGUGGAUGUGUGUGUGGGUGAUCAGCAUGGUGUCACGUUACUCGUCGCCCGCCCCGCCAGUCACUCUCUCCGUCAUGAACAGCACUGCCGCACGCAAAUCGCCGCCAUACGCCUGACACACUCACACACACACACACACAUCCGUCCAUCCAUCCAUUCAUCCAUGGAUCUCUUUUUGCUCACCUGCAGGACGAGUAUGUUGUGGUUUCGGUCAGGAAACCCCCUGCAGUGCAGGCAUACACAGCCACAGCCACAUACAUACACAUGUACCUACAUGCAGUGUGCAGGUGUCGCGUGUGUGUGUCGGCUUACAUCUCCCGCAGCACUGACAGCUUCUUCUCCAUCUCACCAUCAACAACAACGGGAGCCGGUGCAGGAACCGCUGCUGCCGCUGCCGCAGCUGCUGCUGUCGGCUGGUGGUGGUCAUGGUGUGUGGGUGGGCUGAUGGAUGGGUAGAAGGGGGGCGGCUGCUGCUGGCUGGGAGUGCUGCUGGUGAUGUCGUUGGUGCGUCCAGAAAAUCCGCCGUCCAUCUGCAUCUCAGAGUUGUUGUUACUGUCGAUGUUGUCAUUCUGCAUUGCGGGUGCGGGGAAGGUGCCCCACAGAGAGGCGUGAGGGUUGGUGUUGGUCAUGUUGGCGUCAUUGAAGGUGGCACCUCUCUGAGACAAAAAGAGAGAGACAAUGCUCACGUGUCACGUCACGCAGAGCUCUUUGUGUGCUGGUGGAUGGCCUACGAAGUGCUCGAUCUCGUCUUCCUGCUCGAUCUCUUCCUCCUCUGAUCCUCCCUUGUUGGACCCCUCAGGCUGUGCAUAUUGAACACCCGGACGACCUCCGUAAGGUGGAAGAUCUCCACCGACUGCAGCAUCGGGGAUGUGCUGUCGCUGGAAUGGCUCGAAGAAGGAACGGGGCGCUGGCUCUGGCUCCUCCGGUGCUGGGUGCAGCUUGGCUACAUCCUGGCACAUCCAACACAACACACACAGACAGACAGACACAGACAGCAGCGAUCGACCCAUGUGCACCUAUUCCUGGACGCAUUUUCUCUCUCCCUCCCCCCUCCCUCUCUCUCAGCCGACCUGUUGCUGUGCGGUUGCCGUCUCCUCUUCCUCUGUGGCUCUGUCCACGUAGAGGUCGUCAUACUCGUCCCUCUCCCCCUCCCCGUCUCCAUCGCCAUUCUGCUGUCCAGCAGCCAUCGGGACAGCCACACUCACAGACGCAGAUGCAGACGCAGAUGCACUCGAUGUAGUGGGCGGGUGUGACAGACGUUUGAACGCCUCCCCGCCGAUCUCCCGCAUGUUGGCAUUCUGUACGGCGGUGCUGAUUUCGGCAGCAAACGUCUCGAGGAUCCUAAACACACACACACACACACACACACACAGAGAGAGAGAGAGAGAGAUCCAUCAAUCCAUUCAUCCAUCCAUCCAUCAAGCUCGCUUACUCUCUGGCGGUGGGUUCGGGCAAAGUGUGCAGUGCCGGCAGCAGAUGGGCCAGGAACGUCCCAAAAUCCCACCGUUCCCCAUUGAUGAGCUGUGCCAGAUGAGGCAGCGUCUCGGCGAUCUCUGACAUGGGUGCGGGUAGAGACAGAAUGUGACUAAGUGUGUGUGUGUGUGCAUGUGUGAGUGCCGUCUGACCGCGUGACGCCGUCUGGUAUCCGUCCAGCUGUGCGGCGAGUAUCUGUAGUGGGCUGCCGAUCAUGGGUACCCAGAACACGCCCAUAGUGUCGAACAAUUGGCUGUUCUGGGUGACCAUGUUCUCAAACAACGGCGUCAACAGGAGACUCGACAACUGCAAACACACAGCCAGACAGCCAUCCAUCCCUGUCGCGUGUCAGUCAGUCAGUCAGUCAGUCAGUGCACGUUGUAUGUGUACCAUGUGAGGCGUGUUGAGCAUGCUUGAAAGCAUGGAAGCCACCUGAGGCGGGUUGGCGCCCGUGUCACCUCCGGUGGUCUCGUCCCGUGUGCUCACGCCCUCAUCAACCAUCACAUGGCCUGAACCACCACCACCACCACCACCAGCAGCAGCGGCGGUGGCAGCGGCUGGUGUCGUCUCUUCAUCUGUGCUUGCGGUGGGUGUUGGCACGAGCUUCAGCUUGAGCAGCGGGAUGUCAGAUUCCUUUUGAGUCUCACGAGCCACCUGACAACCACAAUCACGAUGUACCGACCCUUUUCCUGUGCUCUGUCUGUGUGUGGGUGUCUCCCUCCCUCCCUCCCUCCCUCCCUCCCUCAGGCACCUGCAGUGCGUCAUCGACAGUCGACGGAGUAAGCCGGCACCAAUCGCCCUAACGAACGAACAAAAACACAAAUGCUUUUCCUUUCCUUCUCCCCCAAUCUGCCCGCCAGGCUUCGGCGGUUUCGGACCUCCUCAUCACGGUACUGGAUGAUGUAUCCUGAUCCCCCAUCCGGCGGCACGCCAUAGCUGUCCCAUACCGUCGCUAUCAGCUCUCUGUGGAAGGCAAUUUGUGUUGGACCAUUGUCGAUGUUGAACCGGAACCGGCGGAUGUCGCCCUGGAAGUCAACUUUCGCCAGAAUUUGCUGCUGCUGCUGCGCCAUUGUGUGCCCUGCUGCUGCGAGAGCAAGUCGCGAGGCAGAACGGCGGCGUGAUGGGGUGAAGCAAGGGAUGAGCGGGAGGGCAGAUCUGAUGCUGGGCACACACAACAAGGGGUCAACUGCUUUCUGCC